AGGAAUUUAGAAUUACAUAUAUUCAGAUACUCCUCACAUGUCCUCUGCUUCAUCUUCCCUAUCUAUUAACCAACUUCAUUUUCUGAAUUCUGAACACCAUGAAGGCUCCAAGACCGGACAGCCGGCAACACUCAUCGCCACGGCUAACCUUCGCCGUCUCAUCUAUCUUCUUCCUCAUCUUCCUUUGCAUCAUAACAUCCAUUAACGAACUCCGAUUUGAAGGUCUAGUAAAGCUUGGCUGGUCAGCUCUCUCCAACAACUUCUAUACAUGUUUUACCAAUACAUCCAUUGCCAACAACAUUUCCACUUCUCCGGCACCGGAAUUACGGAUUCUACUCGGAAUAUUAACACUACCGGAUCAGUAUCAGCGCCGCCACUUCCUCCGCCUCAUCUAUGGUACACAACAAGUUCCCCUCAGUGCACAAGUGGAUGUCAAGUUUGUGUUUUGUAACUUAACAAAGGAGGAUCAAAAGGUCUUAGUAGCACUUGAAAUCAUGCGUUACAAUGAUAUCAUUAUUCUCAAUUGUACAGAGAAUAUGAAUAAAGGUAAGACCUAUACAUACUUCUCUAGCUUGCCGGAGAUAUUUUCCGGCACCGCCGACGACCCAAACCCACCGUACCAUUACGUGAUGAAGGCUGAUGAUGAUAUAUAUAUAAGGUUAAAUAGCUUAGUAGAGUCCGUAAAGCCUUUGCCUAGAGAAGACUUGUACUAUGGUUAUGUAAUUCCAUGUUCUAGUAUGAACCCUUUUGUUCAUUACAUGUCUGGUAUGGGAUAUCUGAUCUCAUGGGACAUUGUGGAAUGGAUUAGAACCUCCGACGUGCCAGUGAACCACACCGAAGGACCGGAGGACAGGAUUUUUGGCGAUUGGAUGAGGUAUGGUCAGAGGGGGAAGAACAGAUAUAAUGCUAAGUGGUCUAUGUACAAUUUUCCGGUACCGGCGACUAAAUGUACACAUGAGCUCUGGCCAGAUACUGUUGCUGUUCAUCUGCUCAAGAAUCAAGAGAAGUGGAUUCAGACCUUGAAGUACUUCAAUGUUACUAACAAUCUCAAACCAUCUAAACUCUAUCAUAUUCCUUAGGUAAUUUUGUCUCACCAUUUUUUGUUCAUUCUUUCUGUUCACAAUUUAUAGUUGAAUAACAAUCUAUCUCAGUGAUUCUUAAUUUUUUUUUGCACCUUAUGUGAAGGAAUUGUGAUUUUAUUUCAGUUAAGAACAGAUCAGAGAAGGAAAAUUUAUGGGUUUGGUAGCA